AUGGAGCCGGCUCUGAUAAUGCUCGAAGACAAGAUUAAAAGGGUCGAGCUGAGUUCAACUCAUACCUACAAUGGACAGCACUCGUUUCUCGAUUUUUGCCGUCUAAUUGUUGCCCGCGAGAUGUACACCGAGAAAAUGGAAGAGAUUGCUCGCGGUGUUCGCGACAACAGCGAUUUGCGGGCAGCAACCGGAGGCGACGAGGUGAAUGUCGAUCGGACGCAGCCGUCGGAUAAGCAGAUGUCAUAUCGGAAAGUGACGUUUGCAAAUGAGCGCAUGGCUGCGGUGAUCUCGCAGUCUUUUGUGGAUAAUAAUGCGAACGGCAACACGAAAGAUUCGCAGGAAGAAGUGUUCUUUCAAUGUGAUGUCGAAUCAACAGGAAUGGGUCACGUCGCAUUCAAGGUCGAUCGCGUUUCUCAGAUUGUGGUUCACGACACGAUGUUUGAGAAUAUCUAUGAGCAUGGCCCCUAUAUUUAUCCAUAUAAGCCUCGCGCGUUGGUCGAAAUUUUUGAGCAAGCCCGAACAUUGUUCGAGAAUGAUUCGAUUUGCAUUCGAAUUCCAAUGCCUGUCGUGAUAAUCAGCGAUAUUCGCGGACGCUAUAUCGAUCUUCAUCGAUGGCUUCAAGUAUCGGGACUGCCAUAUCGACGGCGGAUUCUGUUCAUGGGUGGUCUGAUGGACGACAACAUGCCGACGUCGAUUGAAUGUCUUGCGCUGGUGGCUGCGAUGAAGGUGGCAUAUCCGAAGCACGUGUUUCUCAUCCGCGGAGCAUCGGAAACAUUCUUCAAGUUCCAACCAAGAUUUGGAUAUCGAGCUGACAUGGCGAUUCUUGAUUCUGCUCGUCGAAUGUGCUCAUAUCUACCGCUGGCCGCAUUCAUUGGCAAACGCUAUUUGUGUGUUCACAGCGGAAUAUCUCAUCAACUCAAUUCGUUCGAAUGCUUCGACGCCAUUCAUCGACCGCUUCGUCAUGAGAAUCUUCCGCUUCUCGCCAAAUUUUUGAUUUUUGGACAGCCAACGGCUAAUGUGAAAAUGUUCACACAUGACGAGGCCAAAUUUUAUUUCAAGUUCGGAAUGAAUGCCGUUGAAAAUUUGUGCCGAAAUCUUGGGCUAACUCGAAUUAUUCGAGGAAGGAGUGUUAUCGAAAAUGGAAGUUUGCUGAUUUGCAAUAGAAAAUUACUAACAUUGUUUAGUGUUCCACUUGAAAAUCACAAAGGCUCUAUAAUGUAUCUUGACCGCAAAUAUGGAACCAUUCUGUUCAAUCUGAAGUAUCAAUCAACUCCAAUUGUCAAACCCAAACGUUACAUUCCAAAACAACGAAAGAAGAAGCAUCACGCUCCAAGUCUUGUUAUUGACGGUGUUUAG